AUUAAGUUCCCUUAUUCAUUCAUCGGUGAAGCUGCACCAUGCUGCCCGCGACCUUUAAGCUGUUCGCUGGCAUUUCCUACAGACACACGAGGAACAUGACGGGCCUGAGGAGGAACGCCAUGAUGGCCAUCCACCAUGAGCUGAGCAAACUGUCCGGGCCUGGACCGAGCGCCUGGGUCAGCCACAUCCGCCGCCGCAGCUCACUGCUCUGCAGUAGAAUACAGGAAGAGACCCUGAGUGAAUCGGAGCAGUGUUUUGUACAGCAGGGUCAGGAGGCGCUUCAGAAAUCCAUCAGCAUCCUCAGCGACCCCGACGGCUGGCAGACUGAAAUCGAGACUUUAAAUGGAGAUAAGGUGCUGAGUAAGGUUCUUCCGGACGUUGGGAAGGUCUUCAAACUGGAGGUUCUUCUGGAUCAGCAGCCUGAUGAGCUGUACGGGGAGCUGGUGGGGAACAUGGAGCAGAUGGGCGAGUGGAACCCCAACGUUAAACAGGUCAAGAUCCUGCAGAAGAUCGGUCAGGACACCAUGGUGACCCAUGAGAUGUCAGGGGAUACCCCGGGGAACGUUGUGGGCCCGCGGGACUUCGUCAGUGUGCGAUGUACUAAACGAAGAGGAUCGACAUGCUUCCUAGCCGGGAUGUCCACCAAGCAUCCCAGCAUGCCUGAGCAGAAGGGCUUCGUCAGGGGGGAGAACGGACCUACCUGUAUUGUACUGCGGCCAAGCGCGGAAAAUCCUGACAAGACGAAGUUCACCUGGUUACUCAGUUUAGAUCUGAAGGGCUGGAUCCCCAAAACAGUGAUCAACAGGGUUCUAUCUCAGACUCAGGUGGACUUCGCUAAUCACCUCCGAACCAGAAUGACCAACAGCGGCGGCGCGGAGGCCGUCAUGGCCUGCUGACGUCACACGCCAUGAGCAGGCUCCUAUCGGGGGUUAAACUCCUCCUACAUUACUGCCACGCCCACCCAAUAACAAAUAUUCUGACUUCAGUACGAGACUCUCAGUAUCUUAUCUUACGUUAUGUGGUAGAUGGAAACACAGAUUGUUUAUUUCCAUGUUUGAGUUGAAAUGUUUUUUUUUUCUGUAGCUGCUAAACAGAGACUAUACUGGCUUACAUGACAUUAUUAUUAUUUUUAUUAUUAUUUAACUAAGCUACUUAUGCUUUCGUAAAGCACUCAGAUGUAAAACUUUGAUUCAUUUAGCUGCUCUAAUGUAAUCUUCCUUGGCUGAUAACUAUUAGGAAUCAUUAUUUAAUCAGCAUAUACAAUCAUCACCUGUUUCUUCUGUAUGUUUAUGAGGGCUCUGAACCAGAGGAGAAGUAAAACGUUUUGGGUGAAAACAACAAUAACAAUCAAAUUGAAGCUAAAUUAAUUAAAACCCAGAAUAAUGAAUGAGGGUUGAAUUAAUUUGGGUUCUCCUCUGGUUUCAGAGUCCUCUCUGUCUUUGUCUAAACAAUGCAUAUUUAUUAAGUGUCUGUAACUGCAUCACCCUGCAUGAUGAUGUCAGUUAUGUAAACUAAAUAACCAAUAAAACUUUA